AUCUGCCAUCUCCUGCCUCGGGAAAGCAGUGCUGCACACUCAAUGGCGAUUGCUAUUCAGACCCAUGGCUGAAUGCAUAUCCUAUGGCUUUCUAGACCUUUCCACGACCUCACAAAUACAGAGGUGACAAUUUAUCAUAUCUGUCAGAUUAGUCAAUGCUUCACCUGGUCUCGAGAUUACCCAGUACAAUCAAAACCGACCAUAGAAAGAGACAAAAUCGCACAACUGUCAUCUUACUCUCCCGAAUCAUACAACUCUAUAGCCACUUUCAAACAACUCAGGUCAUUUCUAGACUUCGACCAUGGAGCACGAAUAUUUCUCAUCCAACCCCCGGCCAAAAGUGCUUCAAAAACACUCCACCUUGGCUCGCGAAUUCAUCUCCCACCAUGCAUCCGAAAACCGUCGAGUCGUCCUCGUCACCUCCGGCGGCACAACCGUACCGCUAGAAAACCAAAUGGUCCGUUUCGUCGACAACUUCUCCGCCGGAACCCGUGGCGCGACUUCCGCAGAAUACUUUCUCGAUGCCGGAUAUGCUGUUAUUUUCCUGCAUCGCCAAUUCUCUCUCCUGCCGUAUUCGAGACAUUAUUCGCAUAACGUGAAUUGUUUCUUGGAUUUUAUGACGGAGAGCGAUAAAGGAGAAGUUGUGGUAGGGGAAGAGUAUCAAGAUGAGAUGGUGGAGGUGUUGAGAAAGUACAAGGAUGCGAGGAGGACUAACAAAUUGCUUCUCAUCCCUUUCGUCACGGUGAAUGAUUAUCUUUGGGCACUGAGAGAGAUUGCAAUUCUGAUGCAGCCGCUGGGUGGAAACGCACUCUUCUAUCUUGCAGCUGCGGUGUCAGACUUUUUUAUUCCCACUGAUCGGAUGGUGGAACACAAGAUCCAGUCUUCAGAGGACUUUAACAAGGAUAAUCAGGAAGGUGGUGAUGGGGCCAAGACACCUGCUGCAAGGAUUGAAGGUCAACGUUUGGUCAUCGGUCUGGAGCCAGUGCCGAAAUUCCUCAAGACUCUGGUUGACGGAUGGGCUCCUGAUGGCAUGAUCGUCAGUUUCAAACUCGAGACUGAUCCGGCAAUCUUGGUCAAAAAGGCCGAGUAUGCGCUAAACAAAUAUUCGCAUCAUCUGGUCAUUGGAAAUUUGCUUUCGACACGCAAGUGGGAGGUUGUAUUUGUGUCUGUGUCAGGAGGGCAACAAUGGGUCCGCGUGCCCAGGAGCAAACGCACACCCAGUCUUUCCGGAAAGGUUGAGCAUGUCGGUCUGGCUUCUGGCGGUGGAGCUGAGCAAGACGCAGAAGCCGUGACGGGUCAACCUGCUGUAGAGAUCGAGUCGCUGAUCAUUCCCGCCGUUGCAAAGAUGCACGCGGCACACAUGUCUAGAAGGAAGUCGAAGUAGAGAAAGUACAACAAGGC